AUGGCUACUGCCUUCCACCUAUUCCCUUCCCUUCCACGAGAACUCAGGGACGAAAUCUGGGCUUUUGCCAUUCGGCCGCACCGCCGAGGAGUCCAAAUCUUUCGCGUACACAAUUCCGCCGCAGAAGCUGAUAUUGGACCUCGGAGAGCCUCGCGAGUAUCAGACGAAGUCAACAACUCCUGGCAUUUUGGUGCCCCUCUCGAAUCCAGGUACUACAAGAGCCUCGACGGACCCCCCAAUAAGAAUGUAUCGGCGUACAUGAUUGAUUCCGGGCUAUGGACCGCUUGCAAAGAAUCACGGCGUGUUAUCCGGAAGCACUUCGCUGAACAUUCAAACAACCCGUGGGGACCGUCAGGGCGUGCACUAGUGAGCUAUUGCUCGGGCAGCAACCCCUUCUACAUCUCUAUCUGGCCAGACUCGGACCUUAUUACUCUACAACCAGAUAAUUUCUUCCCCACCAGCUGGAGCCGUAUCAAAACGCUUGCCUGCACUUCGAGUCCUUCUGUCUACCCUCUGGAAUUUUGCCGGGAUAUUGGCAUAGACUAUGAUCCAGCAUAG